UCUUGGCACAAAUUACGUCUAAGAAAACAAAAAAAAUUAUUUUGUUUUUGUUGUUCUCUAAGUUGUAAAUUGAUUCUUAAUUGUUAUGGUCUUGUUUCCUUCCUUUAAUAGAGAUAACAAACUUAUCUGUUCUAAUAUAUGUAGAUUUUACUUCCAAAAAUCGUAAAAGGAGUCAAGCUAGCUGAUGAGAAGGAGGUUGAGACAAUUCCCGCUUUUGCAGAGCCUCCCACGAAACUUAGUUAUCCAUCAGUUGACGAAGAACUAGUGGGGUUUGACGAUCAUGCGAAAAAUAUAUUUGUAAAAUUGACGUCAUGGCAAAAGGACUUGGAUGUUAUUUCAAUUGUCGGAAUGGCCGGAAUAGGGAAAACAGCUUUGGGUAGAAAGAUAUACAGUGAUGUUUCCAUUAUUGGUCAUUUUGAUGUUCGAGCGUGGUGCUCCGUUGGACAAGCAUAUAAUGUGAGAAAGUUAUUUCUUGAGAUUCUAAAACAAAUUACGGGCGAUAGGUUUGUUAAUGUGGAUGAUCCUCAUUCCAUGGUGCGGAAGACUCUUUUCGGAAAAAGGUAUCUCAUCGUAUUGGAUGAUAUAUCUGAAUACGAGGCAUGGGACGAUUUACUACCAUGUUUCCCUUCUUUGGGAAAUGGAAGUAGAAUAAUGGUAACAACUAGAAAUGUACAGCUAACUCGGUAUAUGAGUUGGCGUAGUGAUCCUUAUUUGCUUCCAUUUCUAAGAGAUGAAGAGAGUUGGGAAUUAUUGCAGAAGAAAGUAUUUCAAGGAGAGAGCUGUCCUUUGGAGCUACGCAGUGUAGGAACACUAGUUGCCAAAAAAUGCAAGGGGUUGCCUUAUUUGAUAAUCAUGAUUGCUGGAAUUCUUUCUCGAAAAAAAAGAGACGCAUCUACGUGGCUUGAAGUUGCAUAUGACAUAGGUUCUCAUACUUUAGAAGAGGGAAGCAUGAAGAUGAUACAAUCAAGUUAUGACCUUUUACCUGACUAUUUAAAGCGUUGUCUUCUCUACAUGGGACUGUUUUCUAAAGACUAUGAAAUUCGAGUGUCUGAUCUGCUCAAGUGGUGGAUAGCUGAGGAGUUUGUGCCGAACAUUGGCACAUUGGAGCUAGAAGAAACAUCAAUGAGUUGCUUGAGCGAUCUUGUUUGCAGAAACUUGGUAGUUGUUUCUAAAACCAGAGUGAAUGGUGAAAUGAAAUGCUGCAUAAUUCUUGAUCAAGUGCGUGAAUUUUGCUUGACAAAAAUAAAAGAAGAAAAGUUCAUGCAACACGUAGGAAAAAGGCUAUGUAUGUACAUACAUGACGGUAUGACAAGUGAUUUCAAGGAACGAGAGUCUUUUGGAAUAAGUCAAGCCUCCCUUGAGUUCAUUGCUCAUCCAAAAUUCAGCAUAUCAGACAAUAAGAAUCUUUU